CGGAAGUGGUUGUUCUCGCCCGUGGCACGCCGGGGCGGGGCUGCCGAGCCCCUGGGCGGCCGAGCGGGCCGGCCGGAGUGCGGCUCCUGGGAGCGGGCGGCGGAGCGGCGUGAAAAGUCACCACCCAAAUAAUGGAUUUUACAGAUCAGGUUCUUUUAAUGUGGAUGUCGUGGUAGUAAUACAGAAGUAUACCUGAUUUCUCACUUCUCAAGUAGCCAUGACUACUGAAGAAAGAAUUUUUUUAACUACAACAGAAUUCAUUUUGGUACCUUUUAUGGAAAUCCUUAUUUUGUUUUUAACUUUCAGUAACUUUUUACUAAAGUUAUGAACAAGCAAAGAGCUUAUCUUAUUAGGCAAACUCACACAUAAGCAUGUCUAGAAGAGGAUCAGUUCUUCACAGCCGGACACAGUGGCUGCUCUUGGGCCUCGCUCUGCUCUGCAGUUUGGUGUUAUUUAUGUACCUCCUGGAGUGUGCCCCCCAGACUGAUGGGAAUGCAUCGCUUCCUGGUGUUGUUAGAGAAACUUAUGGUAAGGAGUAUUACCAGGCCCUCCUGCAGGAGCAAGAAGAACAUUACCAAACCAGGGCAACCAGUCUGAAACGCCAGAUUGCCCAGCUAAAACAAGAAUUGCAAGAAAUGAGUGAGAAGAUGAGAUCAUUGCAAGAGAGAAAGAAUCUAGGGGCCAAUGGCAUAGGCUAUCAAGGCAACAAAGAACAAACACCUAGUGAUCUUUUAGAGUUUCUUCAUUCCCAGAUUGACAGAGCAGAAGUUAACGUAGGAGCCAAGCUACCCAGUGAGUAUGGAGUCAUCCCCUUUGAAAGUUUCACCUUAAUGAAAGUAUUUCAAUUGGAAAUGGGGCUCACUCGCCAUCCAGAAGAAAAGCCAGUUAGAAAAGACAAACGGGAUGAAUUGGUAGAAGUUAUUGAAGCUGGCUUGGAGGUCAUUAAUAAUCCCGAUGAAGAUGACGAACAGGAAGAUGAGGAGAGCCCCCUUGCAGAGAAACUGAUAUUUAAUGAAAAUGACUUCAUAGAAGGUUAUUACCGCACUGAGAGAGAUAAGGGCACACAGUAUGAACUCUUCUUUAAGAAAGCAGACCUUAUGGAAUACAGACAUGUGACCCUCUUUCGCCCUUUUGGACCCCUCAUGAAAGUGAAAAAUGAGAUGAUUGACAUUACUAGAUCAGUUAUCAAUAUCAUUGUGCCACUUGCUGAAAGAACGGAAGCAUUUGCACAGUUCAUGCAGAAUUUCAGGGAUGUUUGUAUUCAUCAAGACAAGAGGAUUCAUCUCACAGUUGUGUACUUUGGUAAAGAAGGACUGUCUAAAGUCAAGUCUAUCCUAGAAUCUGUCACAAGUGAGUCUAACUUUCACAAUUACACCUUGGUCUCACUGAAUGAAGAAUUUAAUCGUGGACGAGGACUAAAUGUGGGUGCCCGAGCUUGGGACAAGGGAGAGGUCUUGAUGUUUUUCUGUGAUGUUGAUAUAUAUUUCUCAGCCGAAUUCCUUAACAGCUGCCGGUUAAAUGCUGAGCCAGGUAAAAAAGUGUUUUAUCCUGUGGUGUUCAGUCUGUACAAUCCUGCCAUCGUUUAUGCCAACCAGGACAUCCCACCCCCCGUGGAGCAGCAGCUGGUUCAUAAAAAGGAUUCUGGUUUUUGGCGAGAUUUUGGCUUUGGGAUGACUUGUCAGUAUCAAUCAGAUUUCCUGACGAUUGGUGGAUUUGACAUGGAAGUAAAAGGUUGGGGUGGAGAAGAUGUUCAUCUUUACCGAAAGUACCUACAUGGUGACCUUAUUGUGGUUCGGACUCCAGUUCCUGGCCUUUUCCACCUCUGGCAUGAGAAACACUGUGCGGACGAGCUGACCCCUGAGCAGUACCGAAUGUGCAUCCAGUCCAAAGCCAUGAAUGAGGCUUCCCACUCCCACCUGGGAAUGAUGGUCUUCAGGGAGGAAAUAGAGACACAUCUUCGGAAACAGGCGUAUAGGACAAACAGUGAAGCUGCUGCCUGACGUAGCCAUCAGCACAUAACAGUCUGAACCACAAACCAGCACUAUUUAUUUAGCCUUAAUUCUAAUUCCAGAUGCUGUGCCUCUUCUGGAGAAGAAAUGUUUAUUUUUCAUGUUCUUUCUGACAUUACUUUGCAGUUUAAACUGCUAUAAGAAGGAAAAACAAACAAACAAAAAAACAAACAAACAAAAAAACAAACAAACAAAAAAACGGUGGUUUGAUGCCAAGCUUCUGCUUUGCGAGAAUACUAUAGUAUGAUCAGUUGACAAAACGAAAUUUGAUAUUUGCCUCCAAAAUAGUUUCGAGUUAGAGUCUGCCUGGUGCCCAUGUUCUGACUGGAUUGGAUAUGUGCUAGGCUGAUGUUAGGUCAGUCAGCACAUUCCCAUAGGGAAGCAAAGUACUGGUUGGUCAUGAUGUACAGGCAGGUACUUUCACCUGCUACCAUUGAGCCAUUUGCUUCAUUUCUAAACGAAAGCUGCUUUGGGGUGUAGGGGAUGGGAGGAGUGAGACAGGGUCUCAUUAUGUAGCUCUGGCUGACCUAGAACUUGUCAUAUAGACCAGGCUAGCCUCUAACUCACAAAAUCUACCUGCUUCUCCUCCCAAAUGCAUGUGUCACCAUGCUGAGCAAGAACUUUGAUGGCUAACAUGUAGAAUACUUUUUCACUGAAACAGGAGAUAAUUAAAUGACAAAGCUAAAAUCUCUAGUCCAUCAAGAAGGCAGCAAUCAGCUGAGCACACACCUUUAGGCCCAGCACUCGGGAGGCAGAGGCAGGUGGAUCUCGGUGAGUUCAAGGCCAGCCUGAUCUACAUAGUGAGUUCAGGCCAGCUGGGACUACAGGGAGACCCUGUCUCAAAAAGAC